AUGUCCAUGGAUAAUAACCAUUCUCAAAGUCAUUCUCCCAGUGAAUCUGCUACAAUCAACCAUUCAGAUUUACAAAUUUCGAAAAAGGAAUCAUUGGAAUUACAAUAUGGGAACAAUGUAAAUAAAGGUAUUAAUUCUUAUCAAAAUAACCAACAAAAUGAUGAAAAUUCAAACAAUCAACCUUCAAAACUUCUUUUCUUCAACUAUCAUGAAUAUAUGGUCAAGAACUACACAUCUUUAGAAACAGGAGUAUCGGAUAUUUAUGAUCAGGCCCUGGUUAUUACACAUUUCCCAAGUUAUACAUCAUCAGAAGUUGAACAAAAAAGAAUUGUAAGAAUACCCAGAGUAUUUACUGAACAAGGAAUCAUAUAUCCACAAUUCUCAACUUUACUACCAGGAAGAGAAAGUGCAGCUAUAAAAUCACAAGAUUUAAGUGAUGAUGAAAUUGAAGGAUUUAUACCAAAAGGGAUUUAUGAUGGUGAAUUAUUUGGUGUUACUUCUGAAAGUCCAUUAAGUAAUUAUUUUAAUGAAGAUGAAUUUAAAUCAAUUAUGGAUAGAAUUAAUGUUAAUUUACAAGAUUGUUAUACAAGUUCUCAUUUAUGGAAUAUUUUAGAAUUUAUAUUUGAUAUGUUAACUUUUUGGAUACUAAGUGAUUUUUUCAAAUUUCAAUCAAAAAGAGUGAGUUUUAAUGUGAAUUCAUAA